AUGGGGAACCGUCGUAUUGGGGGGAAUUCGCGUGUCCUUCGCAAGAAGAAAUUGAAGGUAUCUAAGAGAAGUACCACCCUAGGUGGUGCCUCCACCGCCUCUCGAGUAGCAACAGCAUCCACAGCAGUCACUGCAGGGGGAUUCACCGUAAAGAAAACAGGACUGCGGCUCAAAAAGUCCGGUAGUCGAGCAGCCGCGGAGAAGAAACGUUUAGCCGCACUGAGAGCCCUACAGAAGGAGCGCAGUCAACUACUAAAGCGACAGGCAGCUGAGCGAAUGGUGUUGAAAGAACACACACGAGAUUUGGAGGCACGACGACAGCGAAUUCGAAAGGGUGAGAACGCAAAGACGGAGCGGCGAGAACUUGGAAAGUACAUCCGACAAUUAAGAGAGGAACAGACAUCAAAGCAUGAGUCUGAACUGCGUGCUAUUGAAGAAGCUAUUAAAAUACAGGACAGUACGAAGCGGUGUAAUACGAAGCGAGUGGAAGAAGAUUGGGAAGAUAUAGAAGAUGAUGACGUGGAUGAAAUUGAUGAAAACGAGCUGCAGGACAUGUUUGCUCAUCUAACUACAUAA